GAGCUUUUGUUACUUUCUGCCAAAUGGAGGGUCCUUAGCUCUCUCUCUCUCUCUCUCUCUCUCUCAGGUUCUUCUUAUUCUUCUUCUUCUCUGCUCAAAUCGAAGAGCUUCUUCAAUCAAAAGUAGCUUUUGUUUUUCCUUUUUUUAUUUUUUUUAUUUUUGUUGGUGGGUUAAGUCAACAUCUUCGGUCCCACAUUUUCCGUGGUUUAGUUGCUCAGAGCUUGAAGGGAAGCAACUGAAGGUUAUAAAGUGGAAGGAUUUUUUCUGUAUGAAAGUUGAUGUCUCCGCCACUGCUUGAUGUUGGAGAAGAAGAGGGUCAAAGCAAUGUCACAUUAUUGGCUUCCUCGACUUCCUUGGAAACUGUAGAAUUGAAAGAGCGCAACUACAUGGGAUUAUCUGAUUGUUCUACCCCGGACAGCUCUGUGGUUUCCACUGUAUCUGAUAAGACUGAAGGAAGUAUGAAUCUGAAAGCUACAGAACUUAGGCUUGGGCUUCCUGGAUCCCAGUCUCUGGAAAGAGAUCCGCAGCCUAGGCUAAGCUCAACUCGACUUGAUGAGAAACCCUUUUUCCCAUUGCAUCCUUCCAGUGAUGUUCACUAUACUCCUAUACAGAAACCAGUUGCAUCUGGCAACAAAAGGGGAUUUUCUGAUGCUAUGGAUGGUUUUGCAGAGGGAAAAUAUAUUUCCAAUGCAGAAAUAAAUGUGAUGCUGUCACCUAGACCAUCUCCAAGUUUCGGAUUGAAAGCUGGUUCUGCACUUGACAACCUUGGGACUCAAUCAGCUAAAGUGGUAGAUGAAGCACCACCAAAUGUAGUGCAAGGGAGGCCUCAUGCUGCAAACGAAACCAGGCUAAAUCAUAAUGGUUCUGCAAAUGAUAAUAGCAGCACACCUGCUCUGAAGGCACAGGUAGUGGGUUGGCCACCUAUAAGAUCAUUUAGGAAGAACUCAUUGGCUACUACUUCAAAGAGCACGGAUGAAGUUGAUGUGAAAGCUGGACCUGGGGCUAUCUUUGUCAAGGUCAGCAUGGAUGGUGCUCCAUAUUUGAGGAAAGUAGACUUGAACAAUUACUCUGCAUACCAGGAACUGUCUUCUGCUCUUGAGAAGAUGUUCAGCUGUUUUACCAUAGGUCAAUGUGGAUCUCAUGGACCUCUGGGCAAGGAGAUUCUGAGUGAGAGCAAGCUGAAGGAUCUUCUUCAUGGCUCUGAAUAUGUACUUACAUAUGAGGACAAAGAUGGUGACUGGAUGCUAGUGGGUGAUGUCCCUUGGAAGAUGUUUAUAGAAACAUGUAAAAGACUGAGGAUUAUGAAGGGUUCUGAUGCCAUUGGCCUAGCUCCAAGGGCCAUGGAAAAAUGCAGGAGCAGAACCUAGCCAUUAAUGUGCAAAGCAGAUGCUCUUCAUCCAGGAAGCAGUCUAUGGAUUUCGAAAUUACAAGCUUCAUGAGGUGCUGGACUGGAAGGCACAUAGUGCAUAGGUGCUUUUAUUAUGCUAUUACAACUAGAUCGUUACGUUUUCCAUAUGCCAUGCAGUCAAUGUUCUGCGAGCUUGUUUCUAGAUUAUUGACAUUAUUAUUAAACUCCUAAAAACUAAGACCAUCCAUAUCUGGAAGUGCGUAUGAAGUUUUAUGUGGGCAAGUUCCUGUUUCCAUAUACAGGGUCUCGUAAAGUCUGUAAAGUGCAUUUUCUUCAACUUUGCCUUGUAUGCUUUCUACCACACAAGACCUCCAGAUUAUGCCUUACUGACUUUGAAAUUGUUGUUUGUGCCUUGAAUAUGUAUGUAUUGUUUGUGUAAUCUAUCUUCUCUUUUCUUU